AUGCUGCCACCGGCCGCGCGCCUCGCGGCCCGUCGCCUCCUCGGCCUCGCCUCCGCAUCUGCGUCGGAAGCAGCCGGCCGCCGGCUAGCUUCGUCUCCGAUCGCUGCCGCAGGCUACUCCGCCGCCGCCUCUAGGAGCUCCGUCUCCAGCACCAGGCCCUUCUCCACGGCUCUUAACUACCACCUUGAUUCGCCGGAGAACAAGCCGGACAUGAAAUGGGAGUUCUCGGAGGCGAAUAUGAAGAAGGUCAAUGAGAUACUCCCUCACUAUCCAAGCAACUACAAGCAAUCUGGUAUUAUUCCGCUGCUUGAUCUUGCACAGCAGCAGCAUGGUGGAUGGGUGCCAGUUGCAGCCAUGGAUGCUAUUGCUAAAAUCGUCGAAGUUGCACCAAUCAGGGUAUAUGAAGUUGCUACCUUUUACACAAUGUUUAACCGGACUAAGGUUGGUAAAUACCAUCUUCUGGUGUGUGGAACUACACCUUGUAUGAUUCGUGGUUCACGUGAAAUUGAAGAUACAUUGUUGGAGCACCUUGGAGUUAAACGAAAUGAGGUGACCAGUGAUGGCUUAUUUUCUGUUGGAGAAAUGGAGUGCAUGGGUUGCUGUGUGAAUGCUCCUAUGAUUGCUGUGGCUGACUACUCGAAAGGCUCAGAGGGUUACACAUACAACUACUAUGAGGACCUCACUCCGAAACGAGUUGUUGAGAUUGUUGAGAUGCUGAGAAGAGGCGAAACACCUCCUCGAGGCACACAGCACCCGGAGCGAAAAAACUCUGGCCCUGCGGGGGGGAACACCACCUUGCACGGAGAGCCGAAACCUCCUCCAUGCAGGGAUCUCGAUGCCUGCUAG